AUGAUCCCAGUCAUCGGCCCCAUGCACCGCCGCCGCCGCGCCAGGCGCCGCGCGCACGCCGCAGCAGUCGUGACGGCGAUCGGCUCGCUCGUCGGCUCGGCGUCGUCAUCCUCGUCCUCCAACGCCAACUCGUCCUCCAACUCGUCGUCGCCCACCGACGCGCCCUCCGCCGCGCGCAACGCGCGCACCACCCCGCCCCGCGAGUACGCAUAUGCCACGUACCACGGCGCCGGGUGGGACGGGACGUAUGGCUCUGCUCUUCCCUCUGCGCGCGCGGGGCCGUCAAACUACGCUGCUGUCCAGGCGCCGGCGUACGCUCCCGAGCCUGCUUCGGCCAGCGACCACAAGGCCAAGGCUUAUGCCUACGCCGAGGACGACAUUGCCGACGCCCCCGACGCCGACGCCCUCCCGCCCAGCCAUGACGACGUCGUCCCCCGCCGUCGGUCCGAAGCUGCGGCCACCUGCGCGCGCGACGGCCACGACGCGCACAAGUGCGACAAGGGCAUCGUCUGCCGUCGUUGCGGCGAGCAGGUCUAA